GUGUACGUUCUUCUCCGACCGUCAUAUGCAUUUACGCUUUCCAAAGAUGCGGUUUGAUUUGAGUUGAUGGUAGGUUUUUAUUAUUACUUAAGAGAUGGCGUCUAAAUGUCAUCAAGCGAUGGAAGAUAAUACACAAAGAGAAACUGCACUGAAAGAGGAAUUAAAUAAAAAGGUAAAAGAACAAAAGAUUGUGGUCGACGAACUGUCAAAUCUGAAGAAAAACAGGAGAGUUUACGUACAGCAGUCCAAUAGCAACAUUUUCUUUUUGGCUGAGAAAGGAGAGACCCUCAAUGCUUGCAAAAAGUCACUGGACAGAAUGAAAAAGGAUUACCAAGACAUGUAGAACGAAAACAGUUUAACAGGAUGUGUGGAAUUUGCUGUGUGGUGAGCACGUCCUCCGUGUGUUCAGCUUUGGAGACGCGUGCAUAUGAAAACUUGAG